CCGUACUCCGUAGUUGGCCCUUUUUACCUCUGUUUUUACCGUUGGAAGUGGUCUAAAUUUGCUGACUCGUACAUAAAAAGAGGGGUGACACCUCGACACGACUUUUUUGUCCUCCACCCCGCCGGUUGUUUAUUAUAGUCUACCACAUCUAUGACUCUACUAGUCCCUACUCUAUAACACAACCGUUUAAACCCUAAUUCUCUCCCUCCCUCCCUCCUCUCUCCUCGGAUCUUAAAAAACAAAAAAUAAAACCCCUCCAAUGACCGCCGUCAAACCAACGAUCGUCCUCGUCCACGGGGCCUGGCACACGCGCCCCAGCUAUCGCCGUUACAUCGACGAUCUGACGGCGCACGGAUUCACCGUCUACUGCCCGCAGCUGCCCUCCUGUAGCCUCAUUCGCCCGCCCGUCGCCGGCUAUGCCGACGACGUGGCCGCCGUGCGUCGCACCGUCGAGCCCCUCGUCAACGCCGGCCAGCGCGUCAUGAUGCUCAUGCACUCCUACGGCGGCAUGAUCGGCACCGACGCCGUCGCCGACCUAACCUGGCCCGAGCGCCAGGCGCAGAACCUCCCCGGCGGCGUCGUGCACCUGAUCUACCUGUGCGCCUACAUCGUGCGCCCGGGCGCCUCCGUGCUCAGCGUCUGCCAGGAAGCCGGCAUGAUGCAUCUCUGGCCGCAGUGGGUUGCGAACUCCGACGACGGGACCACCUUCCCUGUCGACCCGGUACUCAUGUUCCUCGGCGGCGUCGACCGCGCCCUGAUCGACGAGUGUCUGUCGCAUCUGGUGCGCGCGCCGCACGAGAUCUUCAUGACCCCUGCGGAGGGCGACGCCUGGAGGAAGAUCCCGGCGACGUAUGUCCUUACGCAGAACGACUACUCCGUCCCGCGGGUGUACCAGGACAUCAUGCUGAAGAAGGUCCGCGAGGACGGCGUCGAGUUGCGGCUAUUGGACUUUGACACGGGGCAUUCCAUCUUUCUCACCUUGCCCCGGGAGAUGGUCCAGUUGGUGGAAGACGCCGCGGUGGAUGAGCGGAAUCCCAGGUAGCAAGUAUACUGCCUACUCGAUUGACGAAGGGGGGCAGGCAGGAGGAGGUUGAUUUGGAUCUUGUUCAUUUCAUGUUCAUAUUCAUGUAUUUAGCACAGCAUUAGCACCGUGUCCGUUCAUCAGUAGCGGUGUUUUGCGACGUUGGUUG